AUGGAAGGUAGUAUUCAAGCUUCUUUCUCCACGAUCCUAGUCGUGGCUCUAUGUAUCACUACUCUAUCAAAGCCGGGGCUAGCCGAUGUCCUUGUGACACCUAGAUUUCCUUCAAUCCCUGUCUCUCCAAUUAAUCUAACAAAAUGUUGGUCAUCGCUUUUUAACGUUCAAGGUUGCAAUAUCGAAAUCUUAAAAUCUGCUUUAACCGGUAAGUUUGAAAACGUUACACCCACAUGCUGCAAGGCCUUUACGGAAGUGGAUGCAAAUUGUUGGCCAAAAUUGUUUCCAUUGAAUCCAUUAUUCCCUCCUCUUCUGAAAGAUAGUUGCUCACGCAUCAGCGCAGCUGCACCCGCACACACGACACCUAAAUUCCCUGUCAUCCCUGGUUCUCCAAUAGAUCUCACAAAAUGUUUGUCAUCACUCGUCAGUGUUCAAGGUUGCUUAACUGAAAUCUACAAAUCAGUCAUUACAAGAAAGUUUGGUAAUGUUGGACCAAUUUGCUGCAAAGCUCUUACGACAAUAGAUGCUAAAUGCUGGCCACAGAUGUUUCCACUAAAUCCGUUCUUCCCUCCUCUUCUCAAGAAUGAAUGUUCUCGCAUCAAUGGAGCUAUUCCUACACACAAAUGA